UCACCCGCCGACCUCCCCAAUCAGCGUGGCUCACCUGUCUUUAUCAGUGGCUGUCCGCCUCCGGGCAUCGUGAAUGCUCUCUGCUCCAGGCCACCGCCGACACCGUGGAUAAGUAGCUGCAGCGGGACGGAACUCGUUCUCCGGCUGUCACCAUGGCCAGGACUGGUUUCUGCGACUCCAAGCCCCUGCUGGACUUACACAAGAAGGCGGAUGAGAGACGAGCCCCCCUCAGAACGUGGUCUAAUGCCUGUCGGACGAUAGAUCGCUGGCAGCCUGUAGAAGUAGAGGAGUCCAGCCCAGUCAAAAUGGAGCCAGUUCGCAGAUGGGAGAGGAGGUUAUCGGCACAGACAAGCGAAAGCAUCAUCAUGGGGUUCAAUGACGACAGUUUAACAGACACAGCUGCAGAUGGGUGUGUGGAGGAGGCAAUGCUUCUUUACCCUCCGCUGCAGGGUCUUCACAGCUUACAGGCACUGGUGCCCAGCUUGCUGCGCCAUGAAGUGGAGACGGCACUUGAGAAACUUGAUCUCAUAUGGGACAGGACAUUUGCCUGGGAUAUGUUCUUGGACAUGAUGAGAACUCAAACACAAAACAGUCUUCCCAACACCGACCUGCCCCGGCAUUUUACUGACGCCACUCGUUCUGUCCUGGUAGACUGGCUCAUUCAAGUGCAUGAGAUGAUGCAUUUUCAAGAGGAGACCCUCUAUUUGGCCAUAAACCUCCUCAACCGCUCCUUGCGUGUGAUCAAAGUGACCACGGUCAACCUGCAGCUCCUCGGCAUGGUUUGCAUUUUCCUCGCUGCAAAGAAGGAAGAGUGUCUCCUCCCUGAGGUAUCAGGACUCUGCUACUUGAUGGACCACACCUACACGAAGCAUCAGCUGCUGCGAAUGGAACGCAAAGUCCUCUUGGCGCUCAAGUUUGAUUUGUCUUACUGUCCCCCUCUACAUUUCCUCCUCCUGCUCGCCUCCAUUGCUCGCUGCAGUGCUAUGGUGGUGUGGAUGGCUCGCUAUCUUCUGGAGCUGUCUCUCCUGGAGGGCCAGUGUGUGGUGUUUCUGCCUUUGCAGUUGGCAGGAGCGGCCCUCUGCUUGUCCCGGCAGAUUCUGCAGGAACCCCUAACACCAGAAGGAGAGGCUGCUUGGUGUCUGGCCUCCAGUGUCCAUGUCGGCAGUGAGACGGCCCUGCUGAGGAUCAUGCACACUCUGGCCAGUGCCGCAGCCAAGGCCCACACUCGAGAGACGUGUGCUACUUUUAUUAAAUUCUCCUCACCAGAGAACAUGCAUGUCAGCAUGCACCCUGGUCUAAAAAACAUUGCUGCUCUGCUGGGUGUAUGCACCUGACAUUUUUGACUCCCAGUAACUGUAUUAUAUGCCGAAGCUUCAAGGUAAAGAUGCAAGACCAGUACCGCUUGAGGACUUGAAUCCUGUGUGCUCCAAACCUCUGAGCAAUGCUCCUUACUAUUUGCUGUGGAUCCUGAAGAGUUGCCAUGGGAAAGGGUGAGGAAGAAGUUUGCAAGAUUUAAAAAGAUUGUUUGACCAAGGAUUGUAUGCACUUUAGUAUGUAUGUGAUUUAGUCACCCCAGUGGCACACCUGUUUUAUGAUCUUAACUUGCAGCCAAUUUUGAAAAAUAUUUGAAUUGUAUUGAUGUUUCCUUGUGUUGUGGGCUGUCUAGCAUGUUAUUUUGAAUGUUUUAAUGUACAAAUAAAGUGUCUGCUGCAAGUG